AGCAAGACCAUCGCUCGCGGCAGCGCUGCGCCGAAACAAUGUCCUUCUCCAUGGAAGGCAAGGUUGUGGCAGUCACGGGUGGAAGCAAAGGUAUUGGCAAGGGCAUCGCCCGAGUGUUUGCGCGUGCUGGAGCCGCGGUGCUCAUUUGCUCCCGCAACCUGGCCGAGGGCGAGGCCGCAGCUGCGGAGCUGUCCGAGUCGUGCGCGGCCAAGGUGUCGGCGGUCGCGGCGGACGUGACCAGCCUCGAGGACAUGCAGGCGGUCGCCACGUGCGCCAAGGAGCGAUACGGAGGCCUCGACGUGCUCUGCGCCAACGCGGGAGGCUUUCCUCAGACAAAGAUUGAGGAUCUGACGUCGGAGGAGUGGGACGCUGUGAUGGCCACCAACCUCAAGGGGUCCUUCCUGGCGGUCAAGGCGUGCCUCCCGCUCCUCAAGCUGAGCAGCCAGCCGCGCGUCGUGCUCACGUCGAGCAUCACCGGCCCGAUCACCGGCUACCCGGGCUGGUCGCACUACGGGGCGAGCAAGGCAGGCCAGCUCGGUUUCAUGCGGUCGGCAGCCAUCGAGCUCGCAAAGUACAAGGUGACGGUCAACAGCGUGCUACCGGGCAACAUCAAGACGGAGGGGCUGGUAGCGCUCGGCCAAGAGUACCUCGACGGCAUGGCGGCUGCGGUGCCGCUCGGCUCGAUCGGCGAGGUGGAGGACAUUGGCCACGCCUGCCUCUACUUCGCUUCUGCCGCAGCCGCCUACGUCACCGGCCAGACGAUCGUCGUCGAUGGUGGCCAGGUGCUGCCUGAGUCGGCCGAGUUCAAGAGCGAGUGGUAGCCGAUCGAAAGUGCUUGCGCCAGAUCUGCGGAGAUACGUGUUGGCGUCGAGUGUUGGCAUGCCGCCCUCCACCUCACUCUCUCGUCUCUGCUCCCCUCACUUGCAUACGGAGACCCGAUCGGCGAGCAGUCUGCAGGAUAGAGCACGUACAUUUACACUUGCCAAGUGUACUAUACACUUGCCACACUGUGUGCUGUGGAUCGCCUCGAGAGAGGGGCGCCUGGAUGUACUAUUGCAACUCGCGAGAAUACUGUGUAUCUCCACCACACCAAUAACUAAUUCAUGCGGAAGGGUCGAGCCCAACCCCAAGCUUCAA